AUGUCUUUUCGCCUUCAAAAAAUUCAAAUGCCUAACAUCAAUGCAGAUGCCAGACGUCUGUUUGACGAUGGAGAUAACAAUCGCAACUCUACUGUUCAUACGUUAAAGCAGCAACAACAACAGCAACAACGACUAAAUGAACAGGAGCAGGAACAGAAACAGCAACAACAUGACAUGAUUUACUUUGAUUCCAUUGAAAAAGAUCUUGACGAAGCUUUGGGAAAUCAUUCAGUAGAUCCCAAGUCUUUUACUAAAACGUCAAUGCCAAUCAAUCCAAAUCUAAGCCUGGCAGAAGAUGAGGACGAAGAAUACUCAUUUGCAGAAUUAAAUAAUGAGAAUCUUGAUGAGAUUUUUAACAAGCACCCAAAAAACCAAGCUACAAAAACUACCACAAAAAAGGACAACUCUAGAUCCUUAUCUAAUACACCUCUUCGCCACUCACUUACCAACAACCAGCACAAAGGAGAUUCCCCACCAUCAAUCUCUAUCAAUAAUGAGUACGGUGACCUCUUCAUUGACCAGCAGGAAUUUGAACCCAAUUCUAAGACAGCCAUUGAAAUUCAUGCUAGAAAGUCACUACCAAACAUUUCCCAAAAAUCUAACUUAGUCACCCAACCAAAGUUCCGGAAAGAGAAGCCUGAACCUCACAUGACUACACCUGCAACUGGUGAUGAUGACGAGCUUAUGGUUUUGGAAGUUCAAAAGUUUCCUUCAUUGUCAUCUACUAAGCAGCUUAAAAAAUCUGAACUGGGAGUUUCUAAGUCUUCCAACAGGUUUUCACUUACUAAGACAAAAUAUUCUGGAACCGUAGGAAAAGGUUCUCAUUCGUCAUCUGACAAAUUCUUAGAUCCUCUUUUAGCUUCAAUAAGCAAAAUCCAAAUGGAAAAAAAUGCUAUUCAAUCAGAGUACUCUGUGCUUAAUAUCAAGUACUCUAAAGCCAAUACCCAGCUUGAAAAAACUCUUGGUGCAGUGGCUGCUCUAAAGCGUCAUGUUGAUGUCUUAGUAAAUGUUCAAAACGAGCUCCAAAAUGAUUUGCGUAAUAUUCGCAAUGGGCCUUAUUCCCAGAUACCUAUUCAGUUAAAGGAACUUAAAUCGGACAGUUCCUCUAUUGACGAGGCUAUUAAGGAACUUGGAAAUGCAUUAAGCUCAACAAGACUUACCCAUGACAAACUUACCUCUAAGCUUAGUGACAUUAAAGUCACACAGUCUCAUUUUGACACUGAGAGAAUGGAGCAUAUCGCCACAAAAGCUCGACUCGACGCGGCUCUUUUGACAGAAGAAAAAAUGUCACAACAGAUUAUCGACUUUAACAAGGAGAUUUUGUCUAAAAUAGAGUCGGCUAAUUCUAAUAUUAAACUAGGGAUUGAAAAUUCGAUUGUACCUGUUAAAGAAUCUUUGGGUAAACUGCAAAACAUUCAGCAGCAGCAUUUUGAAGAGUGCGACAUAAUUGCAAACGGUCAUUAUGACUCUUUGAGCACCAUGGAUGUUCAGAUGGAAACUUUGCUAUCAUCCCUUAAAGAUUCAUUUGAAGAAAGUCGCAAAGCCACAAUAAAGAAUUUGGAAAUUUUAAUAAGCAAUCAAAAGGUUGACUUAGAUCCACUCAAAGAAUUUGUUUCUGUACAUUUUGAUACCCAGAAUAAAACUAUCAUGGAUCAGUUUGUAUCUCAAUUUUCUUCUUUUCAGCAGUUGAAAUAUUCAGAAGAAAUUGAAUCUCUUUCUAAGCAGCUUACUGAAGAGUCUGCUUCUGUAAGUAAGUUGCGUACUGAACUAGAGAAUGCAUUCAAGUUAAAUACAAAUCUUUCAGAGGAGAUUACGGCAUUUAAAAGCUCCAACAAUGCAAAUAUUGCUGAUUUAAAAAAAGAAAAAGAAAAGACAGAUGGAAUUGAAAAGGAAUUACAUGAGCUAAAGGAAAAACUUAAAAAGACUGAUGAGUCUGCAAAAGUUUUCCAGCAAAGAGAAAGGAAGCUUCACCAGGAAUUUGAAAUGGAAAAGAAAAACAUCUCAAAAUCUGCUAAUGCUAGAGUAAAGGAUUUGACGUUACAAAUUGAAUUUCUUAAGCAGGAGAACGACCGUAUGAAUACUGAAAUGGAUCAUUUAAGAUUGAAAGAGGAUGAAAAUAGAGAAACAGCCAUAAAACUUGCUGUUUUAGAACGUGAAAACGAAUCAUAUAAGGCUCAGAUUUCUGAACAAAAUAAUUCUAUUUCUGCUCUUGAAAACCGAAUCAGGGAGCUUGAUUAUGAAGUUCUCAUGUGUAAGAAUACUGCACCCAUCACAUCCACCCCUAAGAAAACCCUCAAAACUAAUAGCGAUAAAUUUUUUGAAGAGAGUGAAGCAUUUCUUCGGGCUAUACCUACUCAGAAAUCGAUCCAAAUGAAUGCUCCACAGACUCCUAUGCACCAAAAGUCAGACGAAGAUCUAUCUUCUAGAUUUUUGAUCACACCUCGUCAUGUUCCGGUUGUUAAACGCCAUCGUGAGGUAGAGGUUGUCUACGGUACUCAAACUGGCACCGGAUCUGGAAUUAUGCUAAAUCCAAAGCGCAUUCGAAACAAAAAGCAUUCUGCUAACCCUUGA